CAACGGUCAUGAAAAAAAUACUGGAUCAAUUUCUUCAUUUCUGACCGAGCUGAGAAAGAUUCAGCGUGACGUAGAUCAACUACGGCGGGAAAACAUUGUUAUCAGGAAUUUGCUGAAAUGUUCCAAAAGAAAUAUAGAUUGUGAGGAGGUAUAUGUAAGCGGACGAAAAAAGUCUGGUGUUUAUAGAAUUAAACCCUUUUGUAACGAGAUCCAGGUAGACGUGUACUGUGAUAUGGUGACAAAGGGCGGAGGGUGGACAGCAAUCCAGAAGCGGUUGAGUGGAGCUGUCAGUUUUAACAGAACGUGGGCGGAGUACAAAAGAGGUUUCGGGAACCCUCAUGACUCAUAUUGGAUUGGAAAUGACGUGAUUCACAAGCUGACAAAGGGAAGGAACUCUUCCCUCUACGUCUCUAUUAGAUUACGAGAUGGCAAUACCUUGUAUGAACUUUAUCAUCAGUUUUCCAUUUCUGAUGAAGCUGACAACUACACAAUCUUCCUUGGAGGACCAGUUGCUGGCACCUUAGGUGACGGCAUGUUUAACACUGGUAAUUCUAAUGCUGAUCUGUCUGGGAUGUACUUUAGUACACCAGACAGAGACAACGACAGGUAUACUGGUAACUGUGCUGCUUACUUUGGAGGAGGGUGGUGGUAUAACUUCUGUCACCUCGCUUAUCUCAAUGGUCCUUGGUUCUCGUCAGCCUGGCGCAAUCCUUGGUCUCCUAUAGUUACAUCCGGAACAUAUGUGACGGAGACAAUGAUGAUGAUUAAGCCUAAUUAAGUGUCUGGGUUUUUUUUUCUUUUUUUAAAUUAUUUUUGUGAAAUACAUACUAAAAUAUAUAUUAAAAAAUGCUGUUUAUUGAAAAAUGUAGAAAUAUGUA